AUGCCGCAAAGCAAAGGCCUCGGGGGAAAAUACCCUUCAUCCUUCUGCGAAUGGGUUGUCGGCACCACCAUCGAGGAUGCCCUCGCCUCCCGCGCCAAGAAGAAGCCGCCCCAGCAGCAGCCCAAGCAGAGAGACAUUGUCAAGAUCGAAGUCACUACCGACGACGAGACGGAAGAAGAUAGCCUCAAGGUCACCUAUCCGCGCUCAGGCCGAACAGUAACCGCGCCGAUUCCCACCGACGCUGUCAUUAAGAAGGUUCGCUUUGAUGUUGCGCCCAAGAAAUCCGCCCUCAAGAAGACUUCGGAUGAGAACGCCAGCGAGGUAGAGAGCUCCGGGUCUUCGGCCAAGAAGCAGUCCAAGACCAAGAGGGACAAGAAGGCCCCUUCCAACUCUGGCAGUGACGCUGACUCGGAACCACAUCCUACUUGCAAGUGCGCAGAUUGCGUACGCGGUCGCGAGAAAUUGAAAAAGCAGGCCAAGACGGACGACUCGCAGUCUUCAGCUACCGAAUCCGAAGCAUCCGUCUCGGAAGCAGACAGCAGCCCCAAAGCCAAGGGUCCAGUUCCCGCAAAGUCCAAGGCAAAGGGAGGCAAGAAGAGCCCUGCGAAGAGUGAUGAAUCGGAGGCCGACGACGAGGCUUCCGACUCUGCCAAAGAUGGCCCGGCCGAGGACAUGUCGGAAAAAGACACAACAAAGAAAGACUCCAAUGCCCAGGGGCCCAAGCAAAAGAGCCAGAAGAAGGGUGAUGAUCACCAGAAAGAGGGUCAGAAGCAGGGCAAAGCCGACAAGAAAAAGGCGGCUAAGGCCGGAAAGGCAGCCGAGUCACCCCAGGUUGCAAGUGCAGCCAAAGCCGCGGACGGAACCAAAGCGGACAGGAAACAGAAGGGCAAAGCUGGCAGUGGCAAGAUCAAGUCUAGCUAUCCAGAUGCCUUCCUGGGCCCCCACCCUUGCCGUCCACAGCUCAUCGAGCCCAUUCGCGCAGAAGUUGUUCAGACGGAGCGCGUCAUCGAGAGGCCCCAAGACCCGCCGCCAAACGCCUAUUACGAUCCAGCACACGGAGUUCUUCGCCUCUAUCACGGCCCAGUUUACGGCAACAGCCACGGCCAUGCCUUGUACCCUCGCGGAGAUGCGUCUGGUCGUCCAUUGCCCAUUGGCAUGCCGCAUCCGACGCAGAACCCCUAUUUUCAUGGGUUCAACCAAGCUCCUCCUCCACCACAUGGCCAAGCGCACGUGCCAUAUACCCAAGGGAUGCCACUGGAGCCUUACAACGCCAUGUACCCCCCGCCCGCCUUCGAUCCCAGUCACCUGAGCGGUUUCCCCCCAGGCGGCCCUCCUGCAAACUGGCAAGACGCUGGCGUGCAGACCAAUGGGAAUAGAGGCGCCUUCAGUAUGACGGGCGCGAAAGUGGGAUCUCCCUACAGCAAGCUAGGAGACAAAGGCGGAGCCAACAAUGUUGCUCCGAUUGGUGCCAAGAAUCCUUAUAUUCCAAAGAGAAUUGUAUCGCAGUUUAGCAGUUAUGGUGAUCGACCUUCACCCAAUGCCGGCCAAGGCAACGGUGCGGGCAGCGGCCAAGGUCCGGCCAUGGCGAAUGGCGGACUCCCGAGCAAGGACGGAGCGUGGGAAACGGAACAGCCCCCUGUCAAUGGCGCACCUGGAGGCGAUGCGGAGGCUGGGAAUAAUGCAUGGGGCGCUUCAGAUCAGCAACAGGGCACUUCGGGCUGGGAUGACCAGGCGAAUAACGCCAACGGAAACACGGAAUCGAACCAGGCAGCAGAAUGGGACAACAGUGCGAACGACAGUGGGAAUUGCAACGGAUACCCGGCCGCAGAUGGUGGAGGGAACCAGUGGGGAGACUCGGCGCAGACGGACAACUUGGUACCGGGCGCAAACAACAACAACACUGUCAUGCCAGGCUCCUUUCCGCCAGUCACGGGACCCCCUUCCGGAGACUGGCGUGAUGCAACUGCGGCGGCAAGCACCGGAGGCAUGGUUGACGCCGUAGCUUGGUGA